CGGCGACGACGAUCAGUCUUCUGACACUGCACGUUUCGUUCGCACGCGCGCUCCUCGCACCGCAUCGUACGAUUUCGUUUUUCAAUUCCAAACCAUAACGUCCGUUUGGUCCGUAUCGUUUGCUCUCGACGCCGCCGCUCUGAUCGCGUGCGCGCACAUGACACUAUCCGCCGAUCGUCAUUAUCGUUUCACACGUUUUCCCAGUCGUUUGUGAUUUCGUCGCGCAGUUUUCAGUAGGUACCGUCCGCCAAAAAAUGGUGACCAAAUCGCUGAACGGACCCAGUUUCACCAUCAACCACAUAUUGGGCCGCCUGGACGUGGACGACGAACGCGACUGCAAGAGUCCCGGACCGUCGACCAGCCGGUCGUUCACCACCGGCAGCGAGGCCAGCGACUGCAGCGGCGACGACUGUCUGUGCGCCCCGGUCGACUACAGCACGCGCCCGGGCGGCACGCCUUCGCCGCCGCCGACGACUCCCGGCGACCUGCACCGCCAUCACCACCACCACCACAACCACCACAACAGACGACCGCAUCCGCCGUCGUCGCCGGCCGCGGUCGACAUCAAACCGGACGAAGAAGACGAAGACGACGACGACGACGGCGACGGCGAUCUGCCCAAGGGCGACAAGUCGCCGCAGCGAGACGGCGGCGGUAAAGGCAAGGACGACGCCGCCGCGGCCGCCGGGACGCCGCCGGUCGACGACAAGAACAAAAAGCCCAACUACAGUUACAACGCUCUGAUCAUGAUGGCCAUAUCGGAAAGCCCGCAAAAGCGGCUGACGCUCAGCGGCAUUUACGAGUACAUCAUGAACAAGUUCCCGUUCUACCGGAUGAACACGCCCGCGUGGCAGAACAGCAUCCGGCACAACCUGUCGCUGAAUAAGUGUUUCGUCAAGAUCCCGCGGAGCUUCGACGACCCGGGCAAGGGCAACUACUGGAUGAUCGACCCCAAUAGCAGCGACGUGUACAUCGGCGGCACCACCGGCAAGCUCCGCCGCCGGUCCACCCAAUCGUCCCGGCACCGGAUCGCGUACAGGCCGCCCAUGCCGCCGCACGGCGUGGUCAUGCCGCCGUCGCCGCACCAUCACCAUCAACCACGCCGCAGCCGCGGGCCGCCGCCGCCCGCCGUUCACCCACCAGCGGCGGGCGCGCCGCACCCGCGGCCGGCGUCCGGCUGGCGUGCCGAUUACCCGUCAGCCGCGGCCGCCGCGGCCGGUUUCGACUACCUACACCAGUACUUCUGGCCGCCGUCCGUCGCGACGUCCACCGCGGCCGGCGCGUACCAGCAGCGGCCGUCGCCGUCGCCGCCCGCCGCCUCCACCGGUUACUCCAUCAGCCAGCUGCUCAGGCCCACCCUGCAGGUGCCGCUUAAGAGGCCCACGGCCGUCAUGCACCCCGCGGCCGCCGGUGCAGCCCUGCUCCAAGCCACCAUGGGCCGGCACCACCAUCAUCUGCAGCAGCAGUAGUAUAAAAUAUAUUGUAUAGACGACGCGAUGUAAGAGAGUAAAAUGCAUUUUUUUUUUUCAAAGUUACCCUAAGUAUGUGUUUUACACACGUGUAAAUAUUAUAAUAUUAUUAUUAUUAUUAUUAUUAUAUAUUAUUGUGAAUGCGAUCUUUGCGCUGCUCCGGCGAUUCGAUUCCUGCAGUGCUAUAAGUGCACUAUUUCAUUUCGUUUUAUAUAGUUGAUCUCUUUCGAAAAAAAAAAUAAAACUAUUAAAUGCUAUUAUCAUAUUGUGUACAUAACAUUAUAAUUACGACGUAU